GAGACAUGAGAAUUGUAGAGAAGAUGACGGCAAAGGCGAUGGCGAAUGAGAACUAGGGCAUCGAUGCCUUUUCGAGAUGGGGAUUUUGGAAAUCAAAGGAUUAAAGCGGUGCAGAUUCGGUUUGAUACUCAUCAGGAUGAAGGUCUGGGAAGAUAUGUUAAGGGAAAGAUGGAUAUCGUGGGGGUGGUUUCAUCAUUUCAUAUUAAGGAAGAACAUGAUCGAUGGGCAUUGUUGGCGGUUUUCAGUUUCUGGAACUGGCAAGAAUCAGGGAUACCGGUUACAGAGGGUUACGGCUUUAGUUUGGUCUCAUCAAACCAACUAAAGACACUGUUCCAGUACAACCAGCUGGAUGGAAAAGCUUUUCUUUUGGUGAUUCAUUUCGAUGGGUUGGGUACAAGAGGGAAAGUAUGGCUAAGGGUGCAAGUGCAUGAUCUUCCUAACACAUCCAGAUUGGUGUAUGAUGGUCUUUUUGUGGAAAAGGGUAGCAAUUUUUAGAAGAUACAAAACUUAUGGGGUUAUGGUUUCUUCG